UCCGAGAGCGAUUAAUAACGUCACAUGCUCUCCUCGUUCAAUCAGAAAUCUAAAAUAGAGCGCAUAUGACGUCAUUAAUCGCUCUCGGAGCGAUCAAACCCGCUCCGUCCGAAAACGUUUUAAUUUUUUUACUUAGAGAGAGCUGAGGAGAAAUUAAGUCCUCUCUAAGUAACAAAAUUAGAUUAAGUCUUGAACAUCUUAAUUUGUAAAGAAAAUACCAAAAUAUGAUUAUUAUAUCACAGCUGCGGAACAGAACGUGAGGACAGUUAUAGGUACAAUUUAAUAAAUUGAUCGGAUCGAACUUGAAUUAUCCCUCCCGAGACGAUCAGAAACUCGCGCGGUAAUCAAUUCCCUUGUAGUUAACCCGAAGGGGGUAUAGAAAACGCACUGGUAACUUCACCCUUCACCAAUUCACCACCUGCUAGUAGGCAACUGUCAGCGAUAGCGUGCGGGAAAGUGAACGACUGAAAUUGUUUUUCGCUUCGCGAGAUAUAUAUUACCACGGCAGAGAAAUCCGUGGCGCAAAACACGUCGAAUUAUUUUUUAAAAUAAAACACUUUUAAGAAAGAGGAAGAAGAAAAAGGGAAAGAGAUGCUUCGAGCGCGCUCCCAAAGCAGCUUGUAUGAACAGGAAGCAAAGUUCGUGCAAGAUCGUAUAACGGGCGUGGAGAAACACUUCGCAGAAUUGUGCACAAUAUUCGCGGCCUUCACCAGAAAAGCUGCCAGGUUGCGUGAUAAAAACGACGAGCUGGCUAAAAUAAUACAAACUUAUGCAGAUUCGGAAAUCAUAAAUCGAUCAAUGAGCGCCGGACUCGCGAAUUUUUCCGCAACUUUAUCGGUCAUCGGCGAUUAUAGAGAUGCGGAAGUACAAAGAUUGGAUGCCAAGGUGAUUGUACCUCUGUCGCAAUACGCAACGAUUUGCAAGCAUGCCCGCGAUGAUGUAAAAAACACAUUUGCAGCACGCGACAGAGAACUCACGAGACGGAGACAUUUGGACAAAGUUCGAGAAAGGAAUCCGAGAAACCGCCAAAUGAUAUCGCAAGCCGAAUCGGAACUGACGAAAGCGUCCAUCGAAGUAUCCCGAGUGGUAAAAGGACUGGAGGAACAGAUCGACUCAUUUGAACGACGAAAGUUGCACGAUUUGAAGUCCAUACUUUUAGAUUUUGUCACCGUCGAAUUGAGCUUUCACACGAAGGCCCUUGAGCUUCUGACCAAAGCAUAUCAAGACGUUGCAACUAUUGACGAAAUUAAAGAUAUUGAGGACUUUCAAAGCGCGAGAGGAGAGAUGAACGGGGAAUUUCGUGAGACAAUGCGAGUGUCCGAUUCUGUCGCAAGAUUAGAUACGGUCGGCAGGACUUCAUUUCGACAGGCUUACUCGUUGACGAACCUAGCCGCUCGAUUCGCAUCCUCGCCCGUGGCGUCGCAGAAAUUAGCUAAUCGAGGAACCGAGUCUGCGGAUUCUAUACGAACUGCAUUCACAAACUCCUCCGAGUCGGUUCAGGUUGAAGAAUAUCCAGACAGCACGGAGGAAACGGAGUCGGAAUCAAUUCGCGAGAGACCUAGAAGAGUGUCAAAACACGCUGGAUACAAAGUAAAGAAACGCUUCAUUCUCAGACCGGUUCCAGCAAUUCCUACGUGUCAGAAGUCCUUAAUGUCGUCUAUAAUGUACCGUAUACCUCACAAAUUGAACCGGACAAAGUAAACAUUUAUACUUACACUUGAAGAAUGCUUAUUUGCAUCUCUUUCGAUUUAAACGGUACAUGUAGAUGCGCAAUAUUGUUUUUGAAUAAGAUGAGAAAACAUUUUUUUUUAAGAUAAACAUAGUUAAGAUAAAAAGAAAUGACGUAAACCCGCAUUCCACCGAAGUUGCGUAGCGUAAUUGCUACAUCAGUUUAUGGAUCAAUUCUAAGCAGAAUCGUAAGUUGUUCUCGUAAAAUUUGUAAGAACUUAUAACUGGAAUUGUAAUUCUAUGUGUAUAUCGUAAGAUGUACGAUUAUUAUUUAAAUAUCUAUGAUUUCUCUAAUAAAGUAAAUCUUAUGGCUAGCGAGAAAGUCGUCUGUAACGAUAUUGCUAUAAAGUUAUAAGUAUUCAGUCAUAAAUUCUUACAAGUUUUACGAAAACAAAUUGUGAGCCUUAUGAUUCUGCUUGGAAUUCAUCCAUUAGUCGUUAUAAGCAUUCAGUCAUAAAUUCUUACAAGUUUUACGGAAACAAAUUACGGGCCUUACGAUUCUGCUUAGAAUUGAUCCAUUAGUCGUUAUCUUAAUCAGCUGUAACAAAAGAAUUGUUUUAAAUAACAUCGAAAAAUGUUUCUAAAAAA